AUGGAAGCUCUUGAUGAACUUCAAAAACUUGAAUACCUUUCUUUAGUUUCAAAAAUUACAAGCGAACUGCUUAAUCACACCGGGAUAAAUGAUAAAACUUUAGCCGAAUUUGUGAUUAAUUUACACGAACAGCAUCGAACAUUACCAGAGUUUAAAAAGGCUUUGACUGAUGCCGGAGCAGAGUUUCCAGAAUCUUUUAUUAAUACCUUGGAUCGGCUGAUCCAAAAAAUGAAUCCCAAAUAUAAGACAAAAGGGAAAAUAAAAGAAGUAAGCAGUGAUGAAGAAGACAAUAAUCUUGGCUAUGAUCCCGAUGAAAAAGCAAAAAUAUUUCCAGGAUUAGCCAUGCCAGAUGAUCCAGAUUGGCAUGAAAAAAAUGAAAAAGACACUAAGAUAGCAAUUGAUACUAUGGUUCAAUUGGAAGACUUAGAAAGUAUGCUUAGGUCUAAAAAGAAGGAAGCCAUUGAAAAAAAAACAUCAAAGACUAAUAAACGACAUUCUAGUAGGAGUAAUUCACGAUCCUCUAAGCGGAGACGAUCCAGAUCAAAUAGUCCACCUUAUCAACUGGAUGAAAAGCCAGUGCUUUAUAAGAUAUAUAAUGGCAGGAUAACUAAUUUAAGAGAUUUUGGCGCAUUUGUUAGUUUGGAAGGUGUCAAAGGUCGGGUAGAAGGUAUGGUACAUGUAAGUAUGCUGUUAGCUGGAUCUAGAAUUUCACAUCCGUCGGAGGUAGUCAACCGUAAUCAAACUGUUAAAGUGAAAGUUAUGUCUGUAGCUGCAUCGCGAAUAAGUUUAUCUAUGAAGGACGUAGAUCAAAAUACCGGUGAAGAUUUGUCACCCCAUUUGCGUAUAAAGACUGAAGAGGAGCUUGAAGCUGAAGCCUUACAUAAUCCAGAACGUCCAUACUCCUUUGGAAAAGUACCAGUUAUUGAAGACAAUGAUGGUCCCAAUAAUCUUAAACGUCCAACUUCACCAGAACGUUGGGAACUUAAACAACUUGUUGCUUCUGGUGUGCUACGUGCUUCAGAAAUGCCUGAUUAUGAUGAGGAACAAGGAUUUAUCGAAAACAUGGAAACAGAAGAAGAAUUGGAUAUUGAAAUUAUGGAAGACGAACCACCGUUUUUGAGAGGACAAACCAAACACACAGUUCAGCUAAGUCCCAUUAAGGUUGUUAAAGCACCUGAUGGUACAUUGAACCGUGCUGCUCUAGCAGGGGCUUCUUUAGCCAAAGAACGUCGAGAGUUAAGGCAACAACAAGCGAAUGCCGAAUUAGAUUCAGUUCCAAAGGAUAUUAAUAUUCCUUGGCUAGAUCCUUUACCAGAACCUGGAGAACGUCAUUUUGCACAAGACUUAAGGGGAAUUGCAGCAGGUCGUAAAGCUGGUGAAGUCCCCGAAUGGAAAAAAGAAACCUUUAAUAAAGCGACCAGUUUCGGUAAGGUUACUUCAUUGUCUAUUCAAGAACAAAGACAAAGUUUACCGAUUUAUCAAAUGCGGAAUAUGUUAAUUAAGGCCAUAUCAGAACAUCAACAACUUAUUAUUGUUGGCGAUACCGGGUCUGGCAAGACUACGCAAAUGACACAAUAUCUCGCUGAAGAAGGAUUUGCAAAUCAUGGAAAAAUUGGGUGCACACAACCUCGUCGUGUUGCUGCUAUGUCAGUUGCAAAACGCGUAGCCGAAGAAGUGGGUUGUCGUUUAGGAGAAGAAGUUGGAUAUACUAUUCGUUUUGAAGAUUGUACUAGCCUUAAUACUAAAAUUAAAUACAUGACGGACGGUAUGUUGUUGAGAGAAUGUUUAUUAGACCCCGAUUUAAGACAAUAUUCAGUAAUUAUUCUUGAUGAGGCGCACGAAAGAACGAUAUACACCGAUGUGCUGUUCGGACUACUUAAAAAAAAAUUUUCAAAGUAUUUCUUUGAUUGUCCUAUCUUUAGUAUUCCAGGUCGUAAAUUUCCUGUCGAGGUUCUUUAUACCAAAGAACCUGAAUCUGACUAUUUGGAUGCUGCGUUGAUUACCGUUAUGCAAAUCCACCUUUCUGAACCACCAGGUGAUGUCUUGCUUUUCUUAACUGGUCAGGAGGAAAUCGAUACAGCAUGUGAAAUUCUAUAUGAGCGUAUGAAAGCUCUUGGGCCACAAGUACCCGAUUUAGUUAUCUUGCCAGUUUAUUCUGCAUUGCCUAGUGAAAUGCAAUCACGUAUUUUUGAACCAGCUCCUCCAGGUAGUCGAAAAGUGGUUAUUGCAACAAAUAUAGCAGAAACCUCGAUCACGAUAGAUGGUAUAUAUUAUGUUGUGGAUCCUGGAUUCGUAAAGCAGAAUGCUUAUGAUGCCAAAGUGGGAAUGGAUUCUUUGAUUGUCACACCUAUUUCUCAAGCGCAGGCACGUCAACGUUCGGGUCGUGCUGGUCGUACAGGACCUGGAAAAUGUUAUAGACUUUAUACUGAAGCAGCUUAUCGUAAUGAAAUGCUUCCAAAUCCUGUACCUGAAAUUCAGCGUACAAAUCUUGCAAAUACUGUAUUGACUCUUAAAGCCAUGGGAAUAAAUGAUCUUUUGCAUUUUGACUUUAUGGAUCCUCCACCUGUUCAAACUCUUCUUACAGCAUUAGAACAAUUGUAUGCACUAUCAGCUUUGGAUGAUGAGGGCCUUUUAACAAGAUUAGGACGUAAAAUGGCUGAAUUUCCUUUAGACCCCCCAUUAGCGAAGAUGUUGAUACAUUCAGUUGAUCUUGGUUGUUCUGAAGAAAUUCUUACCAUAGUAGCAAUGCUUUCUGUCCAAAAUGUUUUUUAUCGUCCAAAAGAGAAACAAGCAGCUGCUGAUCAAAAGAAAGCAAAAUUUCAUCAACCUGAGGGAGAUCAUUUAACUCUUCUGACAGUAUAUAAUGCUUGGAAAGCUAGUAAAUUUUCCAAUGCAUGGUGUUUCGAAAAUUUUAUUCAAGGAAGAAGUAUGAAAAGAUGUCAAGAUAUUCGCAAACAAUUGUUGGGUAUUAUGGACCGUUAUAAACAAGAUAUUAUUUCAUGUGGUAGAAAUUAUGACAAAGUUCGUAGAGCUAUAUGUGGAGGUUUCUUCCGUCAUGCAGCCAAGAAAGAUCCUCAAGAAGGUUAUAAAACAUUAGUAGAAGGUACUCCAGUAUAUAUUCAUCCAUCAAGUGCUUUGUUCAAUAAAGGUCCUGAAUGGGUUAUAUAUCACGAACUUGUGCUAACUACAAAGGAAUAUAUGAGAGAAGUUACAGCAAUUGAACCAAAAUGGCUCACCGAAGCUGCGCCUACAUUCUUUAAGGUUGCUGAUGCUAAUACGAUCAGUAAGCGCAAGAGAGGCGAAAAGAUUCAGCCUUUAUACAAUAAAUACGAAAAACCAAACGAAUGGCGUCUAAGUCGUGUCAAGAGACAUCAAAGAGUUUCACAAACUUUCG